UACAGGAAGUAGCUGAAGGGUGACACAGGGAGCAAGCAUAUAUCAAGCCCAUCUUCCUGUGUGAUAAAUCUGAGAGUUCCUCUGUGACCGAAGUCUUGGGAGGCUCCUUCACUGGUGGCUUGUUUAUGGCUUAAGAGUUGUUGCUGAUUUAACUGUGGUUGCUCACCGGUGGGGAACCCAUGAGCGGCUGCCUGGAUUGCUCCCCACAUCUGCUUACGCUGCAAAAUCGCAGCGCUGCCAUUACCACCACUGGAGUAAUUACUACGCCUGACACGCAGGGGCCGUCUAAUGCAUGUCAGAUGAGGGCCGAUGGUUAGGAUUCGCUGUCAGCUGCGUCUCUCGACAGAAACCAAUAUCCCUGAGUUUCAUUUUUACUCUUUGUUGACUGAACAUUCAGGAAAUCCCCUGCUUUUUCAACAAACAACAAGGAUAAUGUAAUGAAUUUUGUCUGUUUUAGACAUGGAAAAGUCUGUGGCUUUUCGCUGAAGAUUUCAAAAACAAGUCGCUUCGGAAGAUGCCAUUCAAAACAAACACUGAGGGCUUGUUUUCAGGAGGCAUUCAAGAAACGCUAGGAGACAUACUCACGGCGAGAUGAGGUUUUGGUGGUUUUCAGAGAUAUUUUUGGGACUUUGCCACAGCUCAGGAAGAGAUUGGAAGGCCUGCAGCUGACCUCUCCGCUGUGAUAAAGCCGCCUCACCGCUCUCUCUCUCUCCUCUUGCCCUGACUGUGUCAACGGAUCAAGCCAAGGAGGACAGGAAGAUACGUCUACGCUUCCCAGAUAGUAUUGCCCAGAAGUGGGUGAGAGGUCAGAGAUGGUUGGAAGGGUUUUGGGGGCAGCCUCUUGGAGGCAAAUAAAGGCAGAAGUGGAAGGGAUGCGGGUACUGGUGGAUGCCCGAGACAAACUUGGCGUUUCCUGGCAGAACUCAGAGAACGAGAAGCAUGGCAUGUUUGUGAUGUCCUUUGAGAACAAAGCAGGCAUGCCCGUCGAACCCUGUACCUUUCAGCUAUACGUCCCGGCCCUGCAGGCGCUCUGGAAUGACAGUGGCAUCCAGGAAGCCUACGGGCGACGGAGUGAGUUUCAGCUGAGUGAAUCAGUGAAAUAUUUCCUGGACAACUUGGAUCGGAUUGGCCAACUGAGUUAUCUACCAAGCCGUCAGGACAUCCUAUUGGCCAGGAAGGCCACCAAGGGAAUUGUGGAGCAUGAUUUUAUCAUUAAGAAGAUCCCUUUUAAGAUGGUAGACGUGGGUGGCCAGCGCUCUCAGAGACAGAAAUGGUUUCAGUGCUUUGAUGGCAUCACCUCCAUCCUCUUCAUGGUGUCCUCCAGCGAGUAUGACCAGGUGCUGAUGGAAGACCGGCGCACUAACCGCCUGGUGGAGUCCAUGAACAUCUUUGAGACCAUAGUCAACAACAAGCUCUUUUCCAAUGUGUCCAUAAUCCUCUUCCUCAACAAGAUGGACCUUCUGGUGGAGAAGGUACGCAAAGUCAGCAUUUGCAAGCACUUUUCCGACUUCCGGGGAGACCCUCACCGACUGGAGGACGUGCAGGCUUAUCUAGUGCAGUGCUUCAACCGCAAACGUCGCAACCGCAGCAAGCCACUUUUCCACCACUUCACCACUGCCAUUGACACUGAGAACAUUCGCUUUGUCUUUCAUGCUGUCAAAGAUACAAUUCUUCAGGAGAACCUUAAGGACAUAAUGUUGCAGUGACAUUCACAGUACUUUCAUCUGUUUUUGCCAUUAUUUGAGUCCUAUCGCAGGAGGAUGUGCCAUCUGGACUGAAAAAAAUCUGGUGCAAAAUGUACUUUGCAUCAUGUGUAGCUUAUCAAGUACUCCAUUAUAUGAGAGACAUGACAUUCAUACAACAAAUUGAAUGAAUCUCUCUGUCAUCACUCAUUUUAAUUUCGUCCUGUGAAACAGGAAGUUUGAAGACACCUUGGAUGGUGGAAAAGCCAAGAACAUUUGAGGGGAGUACAGUUUGUUAAUGCAAAGAAAAAAUGAAGCAUGGUAGUCAAUCAUUUUAGAGUAUUUCCACCUCUUUUCUUAAGGUUUAACUCAAACAAUGCACAAUAACUUUAUUUCGGCUCAUCUCCCAAAUAACAUCCUAAAAAUAAAUGGCAAACCUGCACUGAACAUCCUACUUGGUACAAGUAGUUCAUUUCGUGUCAUUUGACAGGACUAUUUUUGAUAUAAUCUAACAUUUAAAUCACAUUUUGCUUUAUCUAUACUUGUGAGUUUAUAGAUUACAUGCAAAAUUCUCAUUAACAACUAAGCAGGGUUUUUGUACAUAGAGUGAAUAGCGGCUUUUGUACAUCUUAACUGUCUGCUUUUAUUUGUCUCUUCACGGUAAGCUACAAGCUUUGAAAUUUAGAGUAGGGUCAAAUCACUGGUUAUGCCUAACACCACUAACUUAAGAUGAAUAAUGCAUUAAUGGUAUUCUUUAAAUGUCAUUAUUGCACAGCAUAUGUACUUUAGGAGUAUUCAUAUGAUGUAAAGUCUCUCGAAAACCUGUGUAGUUGUUCAUGAUUCUACAAAGAGAAUUACAGAGGGAGUCAACCUGAUGCUGUUCAGUUAUACCAUCAGCAGAUGUAAAGAUCUUAGUUCUUCCUUGAAUUCAGCCAGAGACUGAGCUUUAUUCUCCAGGUCUUGUUGAAUGUGCUUUUGGUUUUAGCUGAUGUGGCUGCAAGAGUCCCAGGUUGCGUUCCCGGACGAGCCCCCAAUCUGUUGCACCCAUGUUGCGGUCUAUUCUUUUGAGCUACUUCAUGAACAGGGUGUGAAGUGACUUCCCUGAGACUUCUGCUAAUGCUGAGGAGCGUUUGUUGUUGGUGGUGGCACAAUUUAAUCUGCUUUUGUCACCAGAGGUAGUCGCUGACUCACAGUUUCCUCGGAGGGCGAGCAGUUUCAAUUUCAGUGCAGGUGUCCGCUUUUCAAUUUUUUUUUCUGUUGUUUUGACAGCUUAUGAAAUAGUUUUCAAGUUUUGAAAAGAGCAUCAAAAGAGCUCUUUUCUUGAAUUCUUUCUGUUUUAUGUACUGCAGUGGACACUGUGGCUCAUUUCUAUUACAAAGCAACAAUGACAAUGUUUCUCUGUGCCCUAAAGGGGCCAUUUAAAUUCUGUCCUUCCUUGUAAUCACCGCGUUGGCAGGAAGGGAUUUGAUUUAAGAAAUUGGACACACCCUGAACCUUUGUCCCUGACAGCUCUUCCCUGUGGGAGCAACAUGUGCAUUUACUGGAAGAUCUCUGGCUCUUGUGCACAUAAAGAAGCGGGAUAGAUUAUUUAAUUCAAGGCUGUGUUCAUCCUUGUUUCCUCUUUUAAGACCGUAAAUCCAUUGGGAGAGUUUAAAAGUGAAAUAGCGGAAAAGAAACAAAACACAGACAAAGGCUAUUAAAACUCAUAAUCAAGAUAAGCAUAUGGCGUGUACUUAAUUUGAUAUAAAUUAUAUUUGGAGAAUAAUAAACAGGGAAACUAUUUCCAGUUGCGAUUUUAAUCUGCUGAAGAUGAUUUAGCUACAGUAUUUACAUUACAUUUGCUGCUCUGGUGUUUUGUCCCACUUCGGAUGUCAUGAGUGUCACUGUUAACAUGAUGUCUACUUCAAAACUCCUCUCAGAGUUUUACUGUACUUUUUUCCACUUUAAUUUUCUGCUUCCCUAAUGUUUUACAUAUCCAGUGAUUGUAAAAAGUGUGAAAUUCCAGAUUAACUGCAUUAUGUGUGUUUUGUAUAUAAGAACUGUAUAAAUACAAUAAAAAUGUUAAGGUAU